UGCCUGUGACUAUGUACCACAGAUGUUCUCUGCUCCAGUAAAAUACUUGUGCCCUUCUAUUUCGGUUGUGUAAACCGUGCUGCUCUUUGUGGCGUGUCUUGUGACGCAAAGUACGGAACUUGGUCCUAACCUCUUGAGGAUACAUUAACUGAGCCUAUGUUAUUCCUUUGGUCCAGGUGGAGAUCUUACAACGCAAAGAAGAUGUCAAGACGCAGUAGCCGGUUGCAAGCCAAGCAGCAGCAGCAGCCCCUGUCAUGUCAAGAAGAGUCUCCACAAGAACUGCAGGCACCAGAACAUCUCCAGACCAGAAAAAGGAGAACAGCAGAGGAGGUUAAGAAAAAAGAAGAUGGGAAAAUUGCUAAAAAACAUCAAUACGAGAUUAAGAGUUGUUGGCCGCCCACGAUAACAGGAGGCAUCUCGCCUUGUAUAAUUAUUGAAACGCCUCACAAAGAAUCAGUAACCACUGACUUCUCGAGAUUCAAAAAAUACAGGUUCAGAAACCUCUUCAUAAAUCCAUCACCUUUGCCAGAACUCAACUGGGGAAAUUCCAAAGAUGUCUGGCUCAACAUCCUGAAGAAGGAGAACAGAUACGCUCAUUGCAAGCAUUUCACAUCACUACAUUCUAGUUUGCAACCUCACAUGAGAUCGAUACUGUUAGACUGGCUCUUAGAGGUAUGUGAGGUGUAUGCACUCCACAGGGAAACCUUCUACCUAGCUCAAGACUUUUUUGAUAGAUUCAUGUUGACGCAAAAGAACAUUAACAAGAGCAUGCUUCAGCUUAUAGGAAUUACCUCGUUAUUCAUUGCCUCCAAACUUGAGGAAAUCUACGCUCCCAAAAUACAGGAAUUUGCUUACGUCACUGAUGGUGCUUGCAGUGAAGACGACAUUGUAAGAAUGGAACUUAUUAUGUUAAAGGCUUUAAAAUGGGAGCUGUGUCCGGUGACGAUUGUCUCUUGGCUGAACCUCUAUCUUCAAGUGGAUGCUCUGAAGGAUGUUCCGGAAGUGCUGCUACCUCAGUAUUCUCAGGAAAAAUUCAUUCAGAUAGCACAGCUCUUGGACCUGUGUAUUCUGGAUGUGAAUUCUUUGGACUUCCAGUACAGAACACUAGCUGCUGCGGCGCUCUGCCACUAUACCUCAGUUGAAGUAGUUAAGAAAGCUUCAGGCUUAGACUGGGACAGCAUUUCAGAGUGCGUCGAAUGGAUGGGUCCCUUUGUGAGCGUGGCAAAAAAAGUCCCUGCGAAGCUGAAGAACUUUAAGAAGGUGGCAGUAGAAGACCGGCACAAUAUCCAAACACACACAAAUUAUUUGGACAUGCUGGAAGAAGUUAACAGUGGAGUCGCAUCUGCUGCCCCAGGUCAGUUAUCGCCCGUGUCAACAGGAGGAAUAAUAACCCCUCCCAAAAGCACAGAGAAGAAGUGAAGUAUGGACACCCACCAUCACUCACCAUUUCAGGAAAACAGGACUGCAAGGCCAUGCUAAAGGUGACUCCCGCUCUUUACUGCUCCUCGAGCCUUGGGCCGUAAGAGGCGCAUCAAACAGGGCAGCAGAUGGACAUUGAGACCUGUGUCCUACAGACUUGAUCCAAUAUUUAGACCCAGUAUCCCUCUAUGCUAUCACAGGAGCCUGGACUAAUUUAGUCCCUUCUCAGACGUGAUGUCGUUCAACUCUGGUCAUUCCUAACUUAUGAAUUUCAGGAACUCUUUAAAAAUGGCUGAGUGGCAGAGUUUGCCCACUCAGCUUUGACACAUCAAGCUUGCCUCAGCUUGGGCUAGCCCUGCAGGAGAACUUAGCCGCGGCUUGUACCUAUUACCUCUUCUUGCCUUGGGGGUGUGUUUUUGCUGUUCUGGGUAAGGUCAGCAGGUAAGCAGCUUACUCUUCUGAAACCACUGCCCUUGCAUUACCCUGUAGCCAGCUCCACAGCAGGCUGAUGAAUUUAAGGGGCCCUUCAGUUCCGGUGUAGCGCUGACCUCAGGUAAGAGUACAAGCGAAGAGCGUGCUGCCAAAGUAACCUCUGCUGGAAGAAGUGCAGUCCCGGGAGGAAGGCGUUCUGUUGAGCAAGAGCCAGCCACCCACUCUCAACAAGAACGAACCUACCAAGAACUGGAGAGGGUAUGGGAAAAAGGGAGCCGCUGGUACUCUACAACCACUUGUGUCCUAGGAACAGUAUUUGAAACUAACUGUGGAGCUGUAUUUUAUCAGUGUUUAUGAACAGCAUUAACUACUGUGUUUUCCUUGGAAUAUUCACUACCUCUGCCUAUGAGGUGCUUCACUUCUGUGACAAAGGGACAGUACUGGGAAAGAUGGGUAC